AUGAUGCGCUCCAGCGUCGCCAAUAAUCCACGGCAGGCAUUGAAAAUUCAAUCUCAUUAUCAUAAAUUCGCACAUAUCCUGCUGGUGUCGUUUCUGGUCUAUGCGUUAAGAGAUGACGUGCUGGAUCUGUCACUUCUAGAAUUGGAACUCGAGAUUCGUGCCCGCCAUCCUCGAAUUCUCAUAACUUACUAUAAUAAGCAUCUCUAUCACUUCCGUUUGGGUCAUUGGGAGACCCCUGGCGCGGGCGGGAUUGACGAAUCCGAUGCAGAUAUCGAAUCGCUAGAAUCGUCUUAUCCGCAGCUAGUCCUCAAACAGAAAAGAAACGUUUCUGCCAGCAAAUUGGCCAAUCCCGUGCGAGCGUCAAAGACGGCGUCGGCCAAAAAGGAUGGCCAAACAAAGGAGGAUUCUCCUAACGACGAGAACCUACCCUUUGCUAGCUUGUCGUUUCUCAAGGCAGUCAAGAAAUCGUUGAUGUACAACUUGUCUCUACAGGGCGAGAUGGUAAUAUUUGGCAAUUGUGUGGUUGGCCGCAUUCUGGGCACAAAUUAUCAGUAUCGUGUCACUCAAAUCGAUCCCAUUCUCUUGGCCAACGGUGAUAUAAUCGCUUCGCUCACGCAGCGGAAUUCUCUCAUUCUCUUCCACUCGAGCAUUCUCAAUUUGGAAACUUCCUUUAAUGAUUUCCUGCUAUCGUUCGUGGUGUAUGUGAUUCCUUCCGGCUUGAGAUGCCACCUCUACGACACUUCGAAUAUUUUGGCAAGCUUUACGAAAACGCCUCCCAAGGGCAGCGAGAAAGUGAUCCGGCUACUAGAGCUAAGUACUGGAAUCAAGCUAUCUCCGGAAGAUAAUCAAUUGUGGGUCAAACUCAUUCCAAACCUACAGCAUUUAAAUAAUCAGACCUCCAAGAUAUCACGCUUCAUACACAGCGUCGAUAACAAAAAAUAUAUCUUGUGGCCUUGGAAGCUCUGUCUCUUACAAUUCGGAAGCGCUGAGGUCGCUGAACCCGAAGAAUUUCCAGUACCGUCCAUCGACCCAAUGUCGUUGAUAUCGGACUUUCUACAGUUCUCUUUGAGCAACAAUGAAGAGCGAAAGCAGAAGGAAGACUCUCAUCCUGAACAACAAAGCAUUGGCCAUAUGAAUACUACCACACCAAAGUCGUUUUUGAAUGAUUUCGAUAUCGCUAGUGUUGGGAAGACUUCAGAGACACAAAAGAAUUAUCCGGAGCAAAGCAUUCAAGAAUCGACACAUGAGCACAGCACCUCAAAGUAUGAUAUUCCCAGCAUCGAAAUGUAUCCUACGUUUCCAGAUAUGAUGGCUGAGGGAGCUCUUGUCGAUGGUCAGAAAAACCAGGAGCAUAGUCUCAGCAAUAAUGAGAGCGAGAAAGAUAAAAAGAACGAUGAGAUUGAGGACGUAGACAUGGACGAGGAAGAUGACUUGUUCGGAGAGAGUCUGGAUCUGGAGAAAGAAUCUGAAAACGUGAGUGAACUGCAACCAAACCUUGAACAUGAUGCUACUUCGGCACUUGACCUCGAAGAAAACAACGACAAGAAAUCCCCUACGAUCGACAUUGACGAUUCAUUCCAAAUCGAGCACGAUUCGCAAACGGAAAAGGAAUUCAAUACUCCAGGGCUCGACAUGAAGUUUGACUUCAAGACUGCAACAAGUCUCUCUCCAGAACACUCCACAAUCAUAGAUAUUCCUCGCGACCAAAUGAUCUCUUCCAUGCAAGAAAGCCAAAGCCCCUCUUCGUAUGAAGAUCCUGGAGCUCCUCCUCCGUUAGCUCCCACACCUAUCAUCCCUCAAAAUCCAAACAACCCGCUGGCCGGGUUUGAUACUCCCAAAAAUCCGUUCAAACUUCAAAGAAGAACCAAACCAUUUACUAGCUUUAGCAAAAGUCGCACCUCCCUGAGAGACGACUCUCUUGACAAUAACAUGAAGUACAUGUUCUCGCCAAUCAUAUUCAAUCCGAAAAUCAAAAACAAAUUGGACACAAAGUAUGGUAAGGGCGGAAAGUUUUAUGUCGAACGUGAAACAGGCUCAGACAGCGAGAACCCUAAACUACACCAGGAUCGUUUGUCGUCAAUCACAAACAUCGAGGACUUCAAUAAUUCUCUCAAGAACAACAAUUCGAGGCUUGAUCAACAAUCAAUCUCCGAUGUUUCAGACAAAAUACCACCGGCUACAAGUAAUAUGGAGGAUAUCAGAUAUCUGAGUAUAGACACAGGUACCGGGAUAACAAAAGAGCAAAACCUGGAAGUGCAGGAGACCGACUUGACACUGAUAAAAGCAGAGAAAGACUUUGAUAACACUCUUUUCGAGAAUGCCUACUGGCUGAGUGACCAGGACCAUGGCAACUCUUUAUCAGAAUCGGGUAGAGGCAAAAAUGUAGCUCAGAUGGAAGAAUUUGAGGAGGAAGAAGAAGACGACGAGGAAGAGGAAAGUGAUGUUGAUGAAGAAUUCCCAGAUUCUCGAGAGAGUCCGCUCAAACUCAAUCUAUCUUUGCCUCACAAUUCUCAGUCCAGCUUACCCCUUGGCCCCUCUUCCAGCGACCAUAAUAAAGCACAAGAACUUACGCCACACCAAAGAGCCUUUUCAGUUCCGUUCUCUUUCUCUAAAUUCCCAUCUAAAAAAGCUCCUCUAGAAGAAACAGAGUCACCAUUCGAAAGCAAUCUCGGACAGAGCUUUGGAAGUAUCUCAUUUUCUCCAAUCACAAGUACUGGAAACAAGAGAUUGGAUACAGAAGAGCUUGGGGAUCAGUCUGUGAUGCAAAUAGAUGACGCCAAUGGACCACAAAUCAGUGCUUCUAAUCAAGCAUCACCAGGUACUCUAAUCUCAGAAAACAACAACGACGAGUCCGAGUCUUCAAACUGUCUCCCAUUGAUUCACAGAAGUAUCAAUGUCUUUAGUAUACCGAGCAAAUUCCUCAUACGGGAACAAAAUGACUGGGAUCCGGCAUCUUCCACUAGUGGAUUCGCAAUCGAUGUUGACGAAGAGGAAGAUGACGACUUUCAGAAUAAGGAUCGGGGUCUCUCAGUCAAUGGGUCAAAUAUAGAAGGGUACUUGAGCAAUUUGACACCUAACCUUACUUUCGACGCUGGAUCGUUCUCGAUCUCUAGCCUUUUGCAGCUCAAACUCCCUGACACUUUCAAAGAAGAGGUAGUCGAGGAGGUAACGGAUGGGCUGGUAUCUGCUCAAAGUCUCAAGGUAAUUUCUUCUGUCUUUCCUUAUACCUACCCUAUUGAUCUCGCAGAAUUAGUUUCGGAAGACCAAAAAAGCUCAUCAAAUUCUCCCUCAGAGUCCGCCGAAGAGCAGAAAAGCCAAAUGUCAUUUUUGGAUGAAAUUGUCGAUGGAAGUUUACUAGACCCAGUAUCCAGCAAGAAGGGUCCAAAUGAUGUCUAUUGGGACACAUUGAUUCCCAACAAGAAUGGAAACGGAGAGAACUUUCAAUUGUACUGUGAUAUUUUCGAUGAACAAAAUAACUGCAAUGUGAGCUCGACCAUUGAAGACAAUUCAAUCUUUUUGCUCAAUAACGUGAAGUCAAAAGUUCAGAAAAACGACAAUGAGAUCAUCAACUUGGAUUUCAUCGGAACACAAUUUUGGAAGUAUCUCGACUUUUGCCCGAUUAAUGGUCCCAAGCAAUUUCAAGUACUUCUUCUCACGGAGAAUGAUACCCUGGUAAAUAAUGGCCGAAUCUAUGAUUCCUCGAACCCAAGCUUCAUAGAGCUCUUGAAACACAAUUAUCGCAACAACCAUCUCGGAAACAUGAAGAGAUUGCAUUUGCCAGCUCCAGAAACAAGACAAGACUUGGAUGGUAUCAGCAAUGGUCUCAUUGUCUUAGACAAGCAGCCCGGAAAUCAGGCUUACCUUGACUACUACAAAAAGCUCAACAAGAGGCUUAAAGAUCUAGCUGAACUCAUAAAGUUAGAUCUCAUCAACAAAUCUAACCGUUUCGAAUUUGACAGACCUCUCUUGCUUUUGUUUGUCAGCAAUGACACCAGCAUAUACUCAGUUUCUCAAAUUUCGAAGAUUUGUCGCAACUUCCAACUCUUCCUUCAAAACCAUCAAGUUUCCUUAGUGAAUGUAUUCUCGCACAUCAUCCCUGGGGCAUACCUCUCUCGCCAAGUCGGAAACUCUUGUCGUCUUAAGAUCCUCUCAGACUUAAAGCUCUCAAAACUUUCCAUGAUGUUGUAUAACAAAUGUCCCAGCGAAGUAUCGCAUAGCUCAAAACUAGUCUCUGCAAGGUUGAGUCCUCAACACAACUUCAUGACAAAGUCUCUCUACACUCAAUUAGUACAAGAACCACCCUCUUCAUUGCAUUUCAAGGUGUUAAACAAGAUAAAUCGAGAGGGCUCGAGUUCUGCUUUCUAUGACGAUUUAUUUCUACAUGUAGCAUACGAGAGAUCAGUUGAUAAGGAAUGGAUGUCAGCAGCCUGGUCGGACCCUUCUGGAGCUGUCACACACGGAAAGUCAUGGUAUUGUCAAGGUAGGAGCCUGGAGCACCGCGCCAUUGAAAAUAGAGACUUGGGUUCAAUCAUCAAUGACAUCUGGACCAUAUCAAGCAUUCUCUUCGCCAAAUUGAAUGAAGACCCUCUCCAACAGACGUUUGGUUCAGGUAAGAAGAAAUACUUGGUUCUUACAAGAAUCAGUAGUAUCAUUCCGGAUGAUGAACUCAUACACUGGAAGAGACUUACAACCAAAGACAAGGAUAUUUCGUUGGUGGUCCUCUCUACCAACAGACUCCCCAAAAUUUUAUUCCAGGCUAAAGCAGGUGAUAAAAACGAAGAGCUCAAUGCCCGCCCCGAUGCGAACGGUUUCAAAAAUGGUAAGGGCCAACCAAGCGACAAGACAGACAAAGCCAAUGCUGAAUUUAUAAAAUCAUUUGAUGGUGCCAAUGCAUCUCCCACAAGUGCCUUGAACUUCACAUCACCCCUAAACCAGGGAAAUGGCUCACAAUCGCCUAGUCAGUUCUUGAACAAUCUGGCGAGCUUUCUUUCGCCGAUGGAUGUAUCCACGACCACGUCGACCAGCUUUUAUGAACAAGAAUCAGUGGUCAAGCCUCCGUUCUACGAUAUUUUGGCUGUAUUACCGAAAGUCGCACUUCCGUCAUUCAAUUCUCCAACGAGGUUGGGAAUGCUGAUUGGAUAUCUACUUAAAGAGUUACCCGAAGAACAAGACAGCGAUACACAAAAGUAUAUGGUGUUCGAAGUGACACUUCUCAGCUGUUCCGCGUACUGGAACCUUCGGUCGCUCAUGAAGAUAUUGCUCAACCACUACAAAAAAAUGAUUGUGUUGAAUGAGGUUGUGGGAACCUGUGACAGGGAAGGUGCCAAUUGCAACGAUAAAAAGGAGGCGAAUUUGAGAAGUCUUCGAAGCUUUGUACCGUGGCAUAUUUCUGCCGUUGGAAAGACCCUUGAAUAUCUUACUCAUGUCCAUGUAGAUGGAAUCGAUCCGUGA